UAAGAGAUCAGACAAACACAGCAAGCAGCAUGCCGUUUGGGAUAGUAACGCUUCCCACUGUCCGAUACCAUCAUCACUAAGCACUGAACAAAUAUCCAAAGCGGAGGGUAAUGAUGACAUCACAAAUUCAGGCUGAUACAGUGUGAUCCAUCAUUCCUGGCCUGACGUUGACAUGGCAACAGGCAGGAAGGGGUCCACCUCAAAGGGAGGAAGCGUGCGUUUCCCUGACGACGAGGAUGCCAUGGGCUCCCCUGUUCACCGUGAGGACAAAGCCAAUGAUUCUUCCAUCCCUGCUCUCCCAGAGCCUGAUGGGAACUUCCUGGUUAAGGUAGGGUUCCUGAGGAGUCUGCAUCGUUAUGAGAUCGUCUUCACCCUCCCAGAGGUGCCUGUGCUGGGGAAAGAUGUGUGCUCCCUCCCUUCCUCCUCAUCACCAACUCCCAGACCCCUCCUCAAAGUCAACCGUGUCACACCCACAGCAGAGGAUCCGCUCUCCAUCCCCUGUUCCCCACCAAUGCCAUCUGACCCAUGGAGGGUGAGGCUCUGAUCGGAAUUACCAGAGGAAUAUAACCACCACCAGACAGUCAUUACCAGAGGAAUAUAACCAC